AUGUCAAAAAUGGCGGCGAAGUCAAAGAAGCGGCUGUCUAAAAUUGAUAAUAAAUUAUUAAUAUUGGAAAAAUUAGAGAUUAGUGAUGUGCUUUGUUCAAUUUGUCAGUCUAUUCUUGUAGAACCCGUUACAUUACCUUGUUAUCAUGAUUUUUGCCUACGUUGUUUUAAGGGUAGCAUAGAAAAUAAUUCUUUGUCUUGUCCCCUCUGUCGCUUGCGUAUUGGAUCUUGGUUAAGAACAGCAACAAAACGAAAGAAUCUGGUUAAUUUGCAAGUUUGGGAAUAUAUUAAGAAUAAGUUUGCAUCCAGCGUUAUCAAUUUUUUUUAA